CCCAUGUCGGGCCUGCCGGGCGGGCCCCGCUCCCAGCGCCCGGGCAGCCCCGCGGCCCGCGGGCCCCCAGAAAAUGAAGACUCAGUCCAAAAGACAGAGCCUGCAAAUCAGCUGGUUGAUUCUUUGGAGUCCAGUACUUCACAGAGCAGGUCACAGGUUGAGUCACCCGUGAAUGCGGCUGCGACUGAAGGUUCGAAGGAAGAAGUUGGAGUUCUGGAGGACCAGGAAGUGACUGAACUAGAAGAGAAACUGCCUGACCAAAUCCAGUCCCCCAAAGAGGAAGCUUUUGUUCGGGUAGCCAACUACCAUGUACCUCAAGGGGUAGGGGAUAUAGUCAUGAUUCAGUCAGAUCACACUGGUGCUGUGGAUAUCCUUUCAGCUGAGCUGGAGACCACAGACCUCCUUGGGGAGCAGAGGAAAGCUCAGCCUCCCCCUCUGGCUCCACCCACCAUGUGGACCACUGAGAAGACAAAGGAAUUCAAAGCUAAGGUGGGAAAGGAGAAGAACGGCCGGAUGGUGGUGAAGCGAGGCGAGGUGGUGACAGUCCGUGUGCCAACCCAUCCUGAUGGGAAGUACAUUUGUUGGGAGUUUGCUACAGAUGACUAUGACAUAGGGUUUGGAGUCUAUUUUGACUGGACCACGGUUACUAGCACUGCCAUUACUGUUCAGGUCAGCGAAUCCAGUGAUGAGGAGGAUGAAGAGGAGGAGGAGGAAAUGGAAGGACUCGCCCCUGCAGGUGACGUGGAGAGGGGCUCCAGAAGCUGUUUGCGGAACCGCUACGGGGAGAUCAUGCCGGUGUAUCGGCGGAACAGCCAUCGGGAGGUGCAGGCAGGCAGCCACGAGUACCCAGGCGAGGGCAUCUACCUGCUGAAAUUUGACAACUCCUACUCUCUCCUCCGCAAUAAGACUCUGUUCUUUCAUGUCUACUACACUAGCUGAAAGAAUGGGAAGGGGCAGGGACAGCAGGCAGGUAAUGGUGAGGGUAGCAGGCUGGUACCACCUGAUGGGCACUGCUGUGUGACAGAACCAAGGCACAAUUCUGCCGGCUUCUUUUCAGACACGAACUGGUUUCUCCCCACACCCUCCUUGCUGUCCCAGUGGAGAAAGGUAGUUGUGACUGCCUGGUUGUCCACAGGCGGCUGCACUUUCUGUAAAGCUUUGGGAGAUCUGCUCUGUCAGGCAUUGGGCUGGGCCUUCGUGUCACAGCUGGGAGAUGCCCAGAGGCCAGGUUCAGGUGUUCAUGGUUUCCAUCUGUUGCACUGGUACGAAAUGAAGGGAAAAUAUUCUUGAUCUGUUACUGUUUUGUGAAUAACUAUUCCGACUCUCCUGCUGCAUCACUAGAGGGCAGCUCUCAGCUGCAAUGAGCCAAAAGCACAGCUGGCUUGUCACCUAGCCGUUGGUAACCUUGUCGCCGACCACCACUGUGUGUCACCAGCAGCCAGUGCUGCCUUCACUCUGGGUGGGGGUGCAGCUGGCCAUGCGGUGGCUAGCCCAUGUGGUGGCAAGGCCAUGGGACAACAGGCGGGCCCCAAAAGGCAGUCACAGCAUGUGUUUGAACAGAGGGUGAGGGGAGAGCACAUACCUAGAGGUUCACAAGAAGGUUUUCCAACAGAUUAAGAAUUGGAUGUUGUACCUGUUGAUUGCAGGGAUAUGUAGAUGAUUAAAACUUUGGUGACCACCAGAAGUUUUUUCUGUAAUCCAGAUGUGAAGCAGAGGAAAUUACUUAUUGCUGUGCUGAAUAAAUACAAAAAGGUUGGAGUACAACCAAUAAAUAUACAGGAAAUGUUCCUUAGAAGCAGCAUGUUGGUUCACUGGUGUUGCUGCCAGCUGGAUGAUACCAUAUGUAGCAAGGAAAAGGCUCCCCAGAGCAGUGUAGCUUGUCAGCUGCUAUUGCUAUUGCAAAGGUACUGUUGGAAGAGAAGGUCCCUGCUCAGAAACUCAAAAGGUGUGAGAUUUAACCAGUCGUUUAUGUGACCCAGAACCAGCAAGGCUAUUACUAAUCCUGACCAUGUGGUAAAGGAUGGAGUUCCUUGGCAUGUUUUGAUGGCGUUAGUGAUCACCUUCUGCUCAAGUACUGGCAGAGUUGAACAAGGAUUAAGUUAAUCCUUCAGAGAUUAAUUUUAAAUUAUGAUUAUCUGUAACUGUUGAUUAUUUUAAUACUUUUAACUUGAAAUCAUUCUCUUUUCUAAGAAUACUGCUGUAUUUACAUUUUGAUACCUCUUUGCAGAGACACAAAGUGGCUUUUUGCAUUGUGAUUCUAGCAGAGUUCUGAAUUUUAUUUUUAAAUCCUCUAGGUAAAGCACCAGUCCAUUCCUUCUGUUGAGAGGGAAUCAUGGACAGAAUUAUUUUGGAGUAGUUAAAGCCAAAGAUUUCACUUGUGGGGGCUGGAGGGGGCACAUAUUUCCUAUUCAGGCUAUAUUGUAAUGCUGCGCUAUUUGCUCCUUAUUCAGACUCUUCUUUUAACUAUCUUUGCUUACUUAUUCACUGCCCCAGAGCACUUAGUGGAUCACAAUGGUAGGAGAGAGAGUAGUUAGUCUUCAGUAGAGCAGCCCAAGCUGGGAAUGCGAGGAGUGGAAAUGCAAAGAGCACUGGUUGGAGCACAGUGGCUUUUGGGGUGAGCAGGCAGGGAGGGGAGUUUUUGUUGCUUUGGGCCCUGAGAUGGGGAGAAAAUAGCUGCCUUUCUCUAAAGAGAGAGACCCCAUAAAAGCUGGGCAGGGGGGAACUGUGCAGUUGUCUUAUUCAAGCAUGGGCAACAACAGAACAACCUUGCUGGGAGACAAAACAGUAGGGCUUACUAUCUGUCAGACUAAGAUGCUGUUUCAUUUAGCACCUUGGGGGUGACUAUUCCUUCCUGUAGCCUCACUUGGGAGAGAAGAAGGAUUAUACUGUGGCCUUUCUAGAGCACUUGAGACAGGCCUGAGCAUCUUGGGCAAGGGGGUAAGGCACUCUUUUUUCUUUUUUUUUUUCUUUUUUUUUUUUUUUUUUUAAUCCUUUGUCUAUCAAGUUCCUAGACACUAAACAGAAGAAGACAGAAAAGACCUUUGAGUCUGACCACAAUGUCAACACUGCCCCACUCAGUGACUGCCUUUGGUCCUUUGCUGUGAGAUCUGCAGAACCCUGUGUGCACUUGCCUGUUAAGGUAUGAUGCACUAUCUGGCAUCCAUUCCACUUUCUAAUUAGGAUUUAUUAAUGAUAAAGGGAACUCUGACCUGUACAUACAUUAGAUAUUUCAGAGUUACUGAUCCUUAGUUGCAGACUAGUGCGUUAUCUCCACAAAAAACCUGUUUCCCUUUUAGUGUGGCCUCCCUGUUGCUGACUGACAGCUGCUUUCCCCCUCCUGUCUGUUGCUCAUGUUAAGAUUUGAAAUACAUUUUGCCAUGUUAUAAAAAAUUAAUGAGGCUUGCCUCACAACCAGUUUUGGUCACUCAUUGACACAUAACUAGAUGUGCCAGUUUUCAAAUCCAUUAGUUUCUGGUUUUAGUUAAGAUCAGUUGCACUGUUGAUAGCAAUCCUGUGGCUCAGUUGUAGCUUGUUGAAGUGUGGCUCAACCUUUAGUAAGGCUCAAGUCACUUGUUUGGAACCACACCCAUCUCCAGGUCUCAUUGACUGAAGCCCAAAAGCAGCACUGACUGUGGUUUGUCAUCCCAGUCAGCAUGUGCUGGGUCUGCAAAUGCAGUGUGCCCAGAGAUGAAGCUGCUGCAGUGGAACUGAAAGCAUUCAGUGUGUUAUUUCCCUGCUUAAGUUUCCCAGAAAUAUCUGAUAUCUCUUAUGAACACAGGAGAGUUUUAGGCACAGAAUAUUUCUUUUGCAGGAAACAGAAGCUGCACAGUUGUACAGGAUAAUUCCCGGUUUUGUUUGUUGUGUUUUUUUUUAAUUUUCACAUUACAUGAGUAUUUAGGUAGCAUUCAUUAUCCAAGUGACAACUUAUUUUUGGAAAGAUACAUUGUCUUUAUUCUGAUAAAUCACAUAGCUUGACUGUGGCUAGUGAUUAACAGCAGCCAUUCCCAUUCAAAAUUGAACCCAUAGUUGGAUCAAAGAAGUAAUCUUAUUUCUCAUGCAUCCUUUUUUUCAGUUUGGUGUGUCUCCUGGAUUUGUAUCUAGUCCUGCUGUCUGGCUGAGGCAGUGAUGGAAACCUUUAUUAUUUUAUUUCAAGACCUUGGGAACUAGACUUUGUAUCUAGAAAGAAAAAUUAAUUUAAAAGGCUGUUACGCUUCAGAGAGGGGAAUUAAUCCUUGAGAAAGGAAAAUUCCUUCUUUUUUUCUGUGGAAAAAAGAUUUCCAAUAGGUUUUUAAAAUGUGUUUCUUCUUCCUGUAAAUUGUGUCUAGAAAUCAAUGAUCUUGAAGGUCUUUUCCAACUGAGGUAGUUCUGAUUCUGUGAAAUUCAAAAAGCUAAAUCAAGGAAGAAGCUUAUUUUGCGUUUUGGGUUUGUUUUUGUGAAAGCACAAAAUUGUUUUCCAGUUUGUUUGGAAUAUAAUUUACAUCUAGAAAUUUACGUGUUCAGCCAGAGAUACCAGACAUUCCUGUAGUGCAGGACUUGUAUAAAUAUUAGCUUGCAUAAUUGUUUAUUUAUAAUAAUCGUAGCAAUCUGUUGGGAAUUUUUUUAUGUCAAAGAAGGUCAUAAGAUCUCCAUUGUUUUCUCACUAUUCUUAUUUUUUUCAUAUAAUUGUUUUGGUUGGAAAAGACCUUUAAAAUCAUCAAGUCCAACUGCUAACCUAGCACUGCCAAGUACACCUCUAAACCACAUCCUUAAGCGCCCCAUCUGCAUGUCUUUUAAACACAUCUAGGGAUGUUCCAGAGCCUGACAACCCUUUCAGUAAAUUGUUACUUGGGAGAAGAGUCCAGGCCUCACGUCACUACAAUCUCCUUUCAGGUAGUUAGAGAGAGUUACAAGGUGUCUCCUCAGCCACCUUUUCUCGAGGCUAAACAACCCCAGUUCCAUCAGCUGCUCCUUGUAAGACAUUCUCCAGACCCUUCACCAGCUUAAUUGCCCUUCUUUGGACUCGCUCCAGAACCUUAAUGUUCUUCUUGUAGUGAGGAGCCCAAAACUGAACACAGUAUUUGAGGUGUGGCCUCACUACUGCCCUUCUAAGUGUAAAGUAUCAGCAGGAGUUUAAAAUGUAUGUGUUUUACUGGGGACACUGAGUUAAAAUUGCUUAAAUCGGGGACCACUUGUACUAAUUUAAUUUACGCACAAACUCUUUGGUGGCCUGUAAUAGGGAUCCUUGUGAAGGGUUAUUGGUGUCAGACAUAGGCUAGUUGCAAAUUAGUGCUUACGACCCAUUUAAUGAUUACAUAAAUUAUUAUUGGUAAUGAGCCAUUUACACCAACAGGUAAGAUUAAAAUGCCUAAGACAGAGAGCUUAGUUGUCUGACUUCAGGUGCUAAGAAGAAAGUCGAUUUAUUAUGCGACUGAGUCUGAGAGACAGCCACACACCUUCCCUUUGGCUCUACCCUGUGCACUUGUCUCCUUGUAAUUGUGUGUGCAUGUAACCUUCAUCUGUGGCCAGCAGUGGUCAGUUGUGCUGCUGGACCUGGUGGAGUGGAUUAGAGGUGAACCUUCUUGUUUGUCUAGCUGCUGAAAGACUUACUUGUUCUUCUGAGGUAUGAGAGUACAGGAUUAAUUCCUAAAUGAGUUCACUUUUAUCCCUGCUGCUUAUACCUUUUCUUCUUGCCUCACUAAAGCCACUCUACAGAGGAUUUAUCACAAGGUGCCUUAGGAACAACAAGCAUAUCUGAAAUAAGAGCCACAGAUGUCAUUAAUCCAAGGUAUUUCUUCUUAUUUCUUUGCCCAUUUGAGUAGAGGGGAAGCAUUUCCUAAGGUCAGGCAAGGAGAGCCCCUAUAGGCUGUCCUGGAGAUUCAAGCUGUUUAUUAGACUGCUUUGUUGCUGUAAGAUGAGUAGUAGAAUGGUGUUUUGAGUUUCCUGGUGCCAUAAGAUCUUUGCCUUUUAAAAUCAUGCUGUUGAGAGAUACCUAGGAACACCAGAGUACUGCUCCUUUUGAUAUGCUGAUGCUCAGCCUGAGGACCAGAGGACCACUAGAUAGAUAUAGAAGAGCAUUUCUUGUGGCCAUUCAUCGUUUUCUCUAAAAGGAGUGUCUCAAUCCAGCAUGGAGAGUGGUGUGUGCUUAUGUGUAUUGAGACUGGAUAAGAGACCAAAGCAACAAAAUUAUUUUUGAUCUAUAUGAGUGAAAGGAAAGACUGUUUCUCCUUUUCUGGUAUUUGGGAAAAUAUUGGAUGGCACAACCUCAUGUAAAUGUAGCAGAACAUCUCAAUGGGUCGAAGGAAAAACUGGGAGCUGAUUGUGUUAAAUACAUUGGCUAAUUAGACUGUGAAUGAAGCCAAGAGUUUAGCAAGAGUCAAAGUGCUAAAUCAUUUAUCUAAAUAAGUUGUUUUGCAGUAAAUACCAGCUAAAUACAGUUUUAGAAGGUACAUAGAACUGCAGAUACAUCUUGCUAGAAGGAGAAUUUUCUGUGGGGUUACUCCACAUUUGUGUCCAAAGAGUCUCUGGCAACUCAUUCUGAAACACUGGUGAUGUUGCAGCUGAAGCCACAACAUCAGAAGGAGUGGAUGGUGGGUCUGACUCCCCUUGGCUUUUCUAUGUUCUGUUCUGGAUUUUACAUGUAGGUUUCUCAGAAGCUUCAACACAAGAAAUGUACCCUGUAUCAGGCAAGGAAUGAGGAGGAAUUUCGUGAUCCAUCAGUGAGGGUUAUCUGGUUUAAGCUCAUCUGGACUGGUGAGUCAAGUCCCUUGGCCAAGAAGCUGGAUGCCAGCCAUUUAGCUCAGAGCUAAGAAAGCUUUGCCCAGUAAUGACCUUGGAGUUUAGGGGCUGCGCUUGAAAAUUAUAAAUAGCUGAAGAUGGUCUCCCUGCAACCUCCAGGAUGCCCUUGUGACUGUCUGCUCUCCUCAGAGGGAAGAAGUCUGCUCUCAACUCACUGCUCCAAGCUCAUAGAGUAGUCUUUCAAUGGGGACCGUCUUGUAGCUGGUCACACCUUUUUCAGACCUAUGUUCUUAUGACCUGUGAUGGUUGUCUGUCAGUCCUGAGUGAGGUGAUGUGAAUAUUUUUGAUGUCCUGUGAUUUCAAAAUAGAGUUCUCAGUGCCAGCUGUUUGCUUUUUGUGUCAUCCCAAGAUACGAGUUUUAGAUCGAGGAGAGGAUAUUUUGACUAAAUGUGGCACUGAACCUCUUACUGAAGGGCACAUAUGAAGACUGUAUUUAUAGUGUACUUGCACUCCUUCUGUGCUUGGUUUGCAUUGUUUAUAUUUGAUGUGUUGUGGCUGAUUUGUAAUAGUAUAUUGGAACUUAUUACCUUUAAAUAAAUUUUCACUAUGCAAA